GCUCGUUGUCCGGCCCGAUCCCGGUUACUCCGCGAAUGUUUUAUAUAUGUUAUAGAUGGAGCGUGUAUAACCUCAACUGAGUUUUCCGAAUUGCAUUAACUCAUCGAAUUUGUCAAAAGAGUGUAAAAAAAGCGAUCGUUAUGAAUUCAUUACGAGGACGUAUCAAUAACAGGCAAGUUACUCAACAACUUCUCCUGCGAUUACAAACCCUUCACCUACGCAGUACUUCUACAGCGACUAGCAGUGCUGCUAGCACAUCUAGCAAUGAUCAAGAAAUUGUUAUCCCAAUCAGAAUUGAACGUGGUGCUACUGACAUUCUUAGUGCAUUGGAAAAAACAAUCAAAAGAGAUCACACAGCACCCCAUUACAAAUUUGUUGAUGAUCCUUACUUAAGUCCUAUAUCAAACCGAGGAAAAAGGGCGUUUGCCCUCUCCAAAGAAGCUGGAAGAAAAGCAGCAAUGUGGAUUCAUGCUGAACACGCAGAAUUGUUUACUGAAAGACUCGCAGACCCAGAGAUCAAGGCAUUUUUACCUAAAGCUAGGUAUGAAACUAAGGAAGAUGCGUCAGAAGAACUGUUAUUGAGUGCUAUAAAAGAGGUUCGCAUUCCGGAUGCCUUGACUAUUUAUAAUUUAUUGGAGGGUGAAGUCUCUGUUGAGAGCAAACAGGCACUGCUGGAACUGCUAUGUUUCUAUAAUAGUGAGGAACAGUUGGCGGAUGAUCUCUCAGAGGAAAGAUGGUAUCGCAAAUCUGUUGAUCGCCAAAGACACAUUUGGAAGAGUUGUCCCGAAGUGGAACAAUUGUUCGAUUUCCUGAAAAAUCAGGACAAACCCAUUGCAGCUAGGGCUUACAGCGCUAUGAUUUCUGGUACAGCGAAAUACAUUAAAGUCGACAGAGCUUGGGCAUUGUUCGAGGAAUGUGAAAAAAAUAAUAUCCCACUGAGUAUAACAGCUUACAAUCAUCUAAUUCAAUUGGUGACUUUCGUAAAAGAUGGCUUGGUAGAGCGGAAACAAAUGUUGGUAGAAUUUUUUCGGAAAAUCGCAAACGCUGGUCUUUCACCGAAUAUUGAAACCUUCAAUUCUGCUCUGAGGGUUAUAACAGCAAUGCAAAAUCCUGGGCCCACUAAGGACCUGGCAAGAACGCUUUUCGUCGAGUUCAAGAACAUUGGAAUAAAGCCUUCCUUGGCUUCUUACUAUUUCGCCUUAGUCAUUUUCUGCAAAGACCGUGGUCCACGGUGUAGUCUUCUUCAUGACAUAAUGCAAGAACUUGAAGGUCAAAAGCUUGUGAUUCAAGAUCCCUAUGAUACAUUCUUUUUCGUAACUGCGAUGGAUGUUGCCCGAAAUCAUCUCAAUGAUUACGAACUAGCUCAAAGAGUACACAAACUCUUACUUACAGACAACAAUUAUGAAUUCCUCGGCGAGGGUUUUAAGGAAAGUAUUUACUAUCGUCAUUACAUGAUGCUCUCGUUGACACAUUUACCUUUCGAGAAAUUUAUGGAGUUGUACGAUUUGAUGGUGCCCCAAAUUUAUAUCCCCGAGCCAAGUGUUAUAAAAGAGAUUCUUGAAGCCAUAGAAAGAUCAGAUCCAAAAAUGGCUCUCGAAAUCUUGCCACGUAUAUGGUCUCACAUGAUUAGGUUCGAGCAUCUCGAUCGUGAACAAUUGGUCUCAAAAGGACUCAAUAUGAUGAGAACGACUUGCGCAGCUCCGGCAGAUUCAACGGUGAAAACACAAUACGCCGACGCUGCAUGGAGUUACUGGAGCUACAUUCAGGAACAAAGUGAAUACCGUACACACAAAAUGGUCUACAACGGUAUAAUAUUGGGCGAUGUUGUCGUACUUUUACUCAGAGGGGAUCAAUUCGAUCGUUUCCAUGAAGUGCUUCGUUUUUUGAUAAGUCAACAAAAUAAAAUAAUCGGCACGAUGAAUACAGAACAGCUGACCGAAAUUUUUGAAUCUUGUCUCGUACGAGGGGACGCAUUAUCGUGUCUCAACAUUUUGACGUACAGCGCAGACGCUGGUUUUGAGGAGGCGAUUUCAAUGGGCCAAAAAAUGGAAGAAAAUUUGCCACUCACUGCUGAGCAGCAGAAUCUGGUCACUAAAAUUAUAGGGGAUGACACGCUUAAAACAAAAGCACCAGCAACGAAUGAUGAACAGUAGUAUUGAGACUUUAACCAGAAGAAUGGAAUAUUACUUUGAUCAUAUUUUUUACAUGAUUGUUACGCACCUGUACAUACACGAGCAUCGUUGUAAAGGAGAUGAUAAAUAAAACUCUACUCGUAUAAUCAGAAGAGUGAAACUUC